GGACGCGCCGCUAGGAGGCGCCCCGACUGCGCCGCGGCCCCUCCCGCUGCCAGAGGAGGGCUCGGAUCCCCUCCGCCAGCCCCCCGAGCCGCGGGACCAGGCGGCCGGCAGACCGCAGGGGACGCGCGGAGGAUCGCCCGGGGCUGUCACCGCGGACGCGCCGCGCGCACCGACCCGGGCCGCGGGCAUCGGGGACCGCCAGCCCCACGCCCGCCGUUCCCCGGCCGGGGUCUUCGGCUCCCGCCGCCCGGUGAGCACCGGCCGGGCGGAGGGCGAUGUCCGCCCGGGCCCGCCGCGGUCCCCGGGGCAACCGGGCGCCGCCCCUCGCGCCCCUCUGCUGCUUCUCGGCCGCGCUGGUGGUGCUGUGGUCGCCCGCCUCGCAGGCGUUCAACUUGGACGUGGACCAGCUCACGGUGUACGGCGGCCCCGAAGGCAGCUACUUCGGCUACGCGGUGGACUUCCACGUACCUGCCGCUCGCACAGCGAGUGUCUUGGUGGGAGCGCCCAAAGCCAACACCAGCCAGCCAGACAUCGUGGAAGGGGGAGCCGUCUACUACUGUCCUUGGCCCGCCGAGGGGUCCGUGCAGUGCAGGCAGAUACCGUUUGACACCACCAACAACAGAAAGAUCAGAGUAAAUGGAACCAAGGAGCCUAUAGAGUUUAAAUCGAAUCAGUGGUUUGGAGCAACAGUGAAAGCUCAUAAAGGAAAAGUGGUGGCCUGUGCUCCAUUAUAUCACUGGAGAACUCUUAAACCGACACCAGAAAAGGACCCAGUUGGCACUUGCUAUGUAGCAAUUCAGAAUUUCAGUGCAUAUGCUGAGUACUCUCCUUGUCGGAACAGCAACGCUGAUCCUGAAGGUCAGGGUUACUGCCAAGCAGGAUUUAGUCUGGACUUUUAUAAGAAUGGAGACCUUAUAGUUGGAGGCCCUGGCAGUUUUUAUUGGCAAGGUCAGGUGAUCACUGCCAGUAUUGCAGAUAUCAUUGCAAACUACUCAUUCAAGGAUAUCCUGAGAAAAUUGGCUGGAGAAAAGCAGACAGAAGUGGCUCCUGCUUCCUACGAUGACAGUUACCUUGGAUAUUCAGUUGCUGCUGGGGAAUUUACUGGGGACUCUCAGCAAGAAUUGGUUGCUGGGGUUCCCAGAGGAGCACAGAAUUUUGGAUGCGUUUCAAUCAUUAACUCUACAGAUAUGACCUUUAUUCAGAAUUUCACUGGUGAACAGAUGGCAUCUUACUUUGGAUAUACAAUUGCAGUAUCAGAUGUUAACAAUGAUGGAAUGGAUGACAUAUUGAUCGGGGCACCUCUCUUUAUGGAACGUGAAUUUGAGAGCAACCCCAGAGAAGUAGGGCAAGUUUACCUGUAUUUGCAAGUGAACGUGCUGGCCUUCAGAAAUCCGCAGAUCCUCGCAGGCACUGACAUUUUCGGGAGAUUCGGUAGUGCUUUGGCACAUUUAGGAGACCUGAACCAAGAUGGAUACAAUGACAUUGCCAUCGGUGCGCCCUUUGCAGGCAAGGACCAAAGAGGCAAAGUGCUCAUUUACAAUGGGAACAAGAAUGGCUUAAACGCCAAGGCUUCCCAAAUUCUGCAAGGAGUGUGGGCCUCACAGGCUGUCCCUUCUGGAUUCGGCUUUACUUUAAGAGGAGAUUCUGACAUAGACAAGAAUGAUUACCCAGAUUUAAUUGUGGGUGCAUUUGGAACAGGAAAAGUAGCUGUUUACAGAGCGAGGCCGGUUGUGACGGUGGGAGCCCAGCUUCUCCUGCACCCGGUGAUCAUCAAUCUGGAAAAUAAAACCUGCCAGAUUCCAGAAUCGAUGGCAUCUGUGGCCUGCUUUUCUUUAAGAGUGUGUGCAUCUGUGGCAGGCCAGAGCAUUUCAAACACAAUAGGCCUGACUGCCGAGGUGCAAUUAGAUUCCCUGAAACAAAAAGGAGCCAUUAAACGCACGCUCUUCCUUGAUAACCAUCAGUCACAUCUCGUCUUCCCUCUCGUGAUAAAGGGGCAGAAAUCCCUCCAAUGCCAGGAUUUUAUCGUUUACCUUCGAGAUGAAACUGAAUUCCGAGAUAAACUGUCUCCAAUCAACAUUAGUUUGAAUUACAGUUUGGAUGAAUCCACCUUUAAAGAAGGUCUGGAGGUGAAACCAAUAUUGAAUUACUACAGGGAAAACGUUGUUACCGAACAGGCUCACAUCCUGGUCGACUGUGGAGAAGAUAACAUGUGCAUUCCUGACUUGAAGCUGUCAGCUAGACCAGAUAAGCAUCAGGUCAUCAUUGGAGAUGAAAACCACCUUAUGCUCAUAAUCAACGCGAGAAAUGAAGGGGAAGGUGCCUACGAAGCCGAGCUCUUUGUGAUAAUUCCAGAAGAGGCUGAUUAUGUUGGGAUUGAACGCAGCAACAAGGCAUUGAGACCACUGAGCUGUGAGUACAAGAUGGACAAUGUCACCCGAAUGGUGGUGUGUGACCUUGGGAACCCUAUGGUGGCUGGAACAAAUUCUUCCCUGGGCCUCCGAUUUGCAGUUCCACGACUUGAGAAAACAAACAUAAGCAUUAACUUCGAUCUCCAAAUCAGAAGUUCCAACAAGGACAACCCAGACAGCAAUUUUGUGAGCCUGCAAAUCAACAUCACUGCUGUAGCUCAAGUAGAAAUAAGAGGGGUAUCCCACCCUCCGCAGAUCGUUCUGCCCAUUCGUAACUGGGAACCGGAAGAGGAGCCCCGCAAGGAGGAGGGAGUUGGACCAUUGGUGGAACAUAUUUAUGAGCUGCACAACAAUGGACCAAGCACCAUCAGUGAUGCCCUUCUGGAGGUGGGCUGGCCCUUCUCUGCCCGGGACGAAUUUCUCCUCUACAUUUUGCAUAUUCAAACUCUGGGACCUCUGCGAUGUCAGACAAAUCCUGAUAUCAACCCACAGGAUAUAAAGCCCGCUGCCCCCCCCGAAGACACCCCCGAGCUGAGCGCCUUUUUGAGGAACUCCACCAUCCCUCAUCUGGUCAGGAAGAGAGAUGUGCCUGCGCUGGAGCCUCACAGACAGAGCCCCGCAAAGAUCCUGAAUUGUACAAAUAUCGAGUGCUUACAAAUCUCCUGUGCAGUGGGACAACUAGGAGGAGGAGAAAGCGCUGUCCUGAAAGUCAGGUCACGGUUAUGGGCCAAGACAUUUCUCCAGAGGAAAAAUGAUCCCUAUUCUCUUGCAUCCCUGGUGUCCUUUGAAGUUAAGAAGAUGCCUUAUAAAGAUCAGCCAGCCAAACUCCCUGAAGGCAGCAUAGCAAUUAAAACAUCGGUUAUUUGGGCAACCCCAAAUGUUUCCUUCUCGAUCCCGUUAUGGGUAAUAAUACUAGCAAUACUUCUUGGAUUACUGGUUCUGGCCAUUUUAACCUUGGCUUUAUGGAAGUGCGGAUUCUUUGACCGAGCAAGACCCCCCCAGGAUGAUAUGAACGACAGGGAACGGCUGACCAAUGAGAAAACCCCUGAGGCGUGAAGAGGAAAACCAAAGACCAAACAAACUCCGACACUGGCCCAGUUCAAAGAAAAGAAGGAUCAGGAGGGUUCAACCGAGGUUUUCCUGUACCUGCCAGUGUCCUAAGAAAUGGAAAGGCCAUGGUAUCACCUUGUCUACACUGUGCUUUGGAGAAGUUGCCUCGGAUCCCAGUGACCCUUUUGGGGAAGGAAGCAUCCUCGACGCUGCAGAAACAAUGGACAAUCGUGGAAGAUGUCUUUGGCUUGAGUCCUUCCGUAUUUGGCAGGCACUUUGAAAUGGGUAUGGGAACGUGAGGUUGCUUUCCAGAUAAAUCCAACUGAAGUCUCAAAGACGCAAUGUCUGAAUUAGGAUAGACUUUAGAAGGUGAACUAGGACCAAACCUUCCAACACUACUGUAUCCAACGGAAUAUUUGACACCUCCCUCUGGAAAAGAAACAUUUCUAAUGACGUUACUGCUCAGGGAGACCAGCCUAUGCUGUUGGGACUGUGAAAGUACUUUGGAAACGGCAAAGAUCAUCUUUGUAAGUGAGGAUAACAAUUUAUUUAUUUAUUUUCCAUGGCUCUAGGCUGAUACUCUAGAGGAUUUUGAAAUUAAGAUUUGGUUCGCUGGUUUUCAAAAUCACUCACUAGAUUUCCUUCCGAGAUAUCCAGUUUGUGCAGAAUAUAUCAUUUAACAGAACUUAGUCAGGAUUUAGACAGCGUUAAAGAAAAGCAAAUUGGUAUACGAAGACCGUUUCACUUAACACCUUGCUGCCUUCUACCUGAAAUUACUUUUAUUCACACUUUCCAGGGACUCACAUCUGCUUAAUUUAGCUUUGCAAAAAGUUGCAUUUGUAUUUCCUUUUACAAAAAAAAAAAUCAUCUUUCCGUUGACUUAAUUAGCAAUAUACAAAUUUCCAGGGACUCUUGACCCUAGGUGGUGCUUAAAAGUAAUGGUAAAAUUUCUAGAGUCCAUUAAUAAAAAACCAAUUUAAUAAUUUGGGUAAACAUAUUAUUUUUAAUAUCUACAAGAGGCAAUGCCAACAUUUAGCUUGGUAUUUUUUUCUACUAUACCUCAAACUUAUAUUCACAGAAAAGACACGUUAAACAUAAAUAGGAGGAAACAUAAAGUUAGGCAGAUGUGAGAUGAACCUAGAAAACAGGUUCCUAGGGAUUUUAUUUAGAAUUGCCUAUUCCCACUUUACUAUUCAUUUUUACUGCUAAUCUUUAUAGUACAUGACUUUGGAAAAUAAUUUUUACUUAAGCUAUUUUCCCAUUGUCUUUAAUUUAACCAUCACAGAAACUUUAUGUUUAAAACUCUUGUAAAUAAUCCAUAAUCAUGUGUAACAGUAUCAUUUUUCAAGUAAAAUUGUCCAGCCAAAUUUAUAUAGUCUGCCCAAGUUUGUAUCCUUUUUAUGAUAAUGAAAAACUAUUAUGAAGAGAUACUGAACAAAUUUUAUAUUUAUGUGCAAUAUUUUAUAGACCUAUGUAUCAAAAGCAUGUUUACACUGGCAUUAGUAAUAUUUUAAAUUAAUAUCCUGAAUAUUAAGUAUGAUAGAACCAGCAGACCCAAAUCCUUAAGUUUAUGAAGCAGUUGGAAAAUUUAUAUCCCUAUUUCAACAAUCACACUUGAUUUGAAAGAUAAGCCAGACUCACAGACACUAAAUUUUCGGUCAUGCCUUAACCUGGAGAGGAGCCAUUUGGCUACAGCUGCGCAACUUCUUUGGAAACCAAAUGAAAGGCACACGGACGAAUACACUGAACAGUUCAUAUUCUGCCUGCUUGUGAGUUAAAUUCUGUCAUGGUACUGGUUUCAAGCUGUCAGGAACCGAAAUCUGGCUCCCAGUGUGUGUGGCUGACUGGGUGAGAACUGCACAUGUUUCAAAGAGUUGGAGGGUCCCACACCAGCCUCAGGGGGUCUUAGGUGCUACUUGUCUGGGUAGAAUUGGUCGUACAGGGAGGUGGCCAUUUCUGUAAGAUGAUUGGAGGGAUGUCUCUCCAAUCAUAUCACAGAGAUGGGUCUCUCUUCCCCCAAAUAAAGCCCCAGCUCUUCUCGUUAUGCCUGACUUCUGGCCAAGAGAGAAUAGCUCCUCAAGGUCUUUGGUCAUAAAAGAUCCCUGAGAAAACGCACCUCUUGCCUUUUAAGCUAACCUUUGAGAAGGAACUCUUAGGUCUGGGACCCUAUGAGCCAGGGCGUACAGACACCUGGAGGAGACUCGAGGUGCCAGGAGCAAGGCUGGAUCCAGAACAGAGCAGGUAUGAGGACUUCAGAGGCAAGCUCCAGGCUCACAGUCUCAGCCAAGAGUGGUCCCCGUCUAGAAGGACAGGCGCUGCCACCUGCAGGCAGUUCACAGACGGCCAUCAACGCACACUGAGGUCAGGUGCGUUCUUGAGCAUCCCCCCGCAUGGAGAAUAUUCUAACGGUGCACUGAGUGAAUCUGCUUCUCAUCAUGUAAAGCCAAUCACUUUCGUCAUUCGUAAUGUGCCGUGCUUCUCUUAGAAUCUAUCUAUAUUUUAGAUAUGCCUUUUGAAAUACUUGCAGCUAGCUUUUAAGAAUGGGGGGAAAAAUGGGCAAAUCAAGUUUUAUAAACUUGGAGAUUUUUAUACACUAAGUAAACAACAUGGACCAGUCGCCACUGAAGCCCCACUCUUUGAACUCAACUCUUGCUUUAUUUAAAUACAUGUGUAGAUAUCUGUGAAGAUUUUCAUGUACCUAUUUACCUUGUCACUAAUAAAAGUAAAAAUUAAAGACAUGA